AUGUACACAAUCUCCUGGCUAAGAAACAAGAAUACAAGGUAUUCCACAAUAUGUCCAACACAGAGAAUUGAAUCCCUUAUGGAACUCAAGAAUGACUCCACUAUCAUUAUAAAACCUGCCGACAAAGGAGGUGCAUUAGUGAUACAAAAUAUUGCAGACUAUGAAAAACAAAUUCUGAGACAACUCAGGGAUGAUUCAUUUUACAAAAUACUCCCUAAGGACCCUACUAAUCAAUUCAAGUCUCUGAUCCAUGAUAAAUUGUCUAAGUUUUUGAAUGAAGGGGAAAUUACAAAGACAGAAUAUGAGCAUAUAAAGUUGACUCCCCAACCACACGUGUCAUAUACGCUCUCCCCAAAAUUCACAAGAGCAUGACGCCACCUAUACCAGGCAGGCCCAUUGUGAGUAGUAACGGAUCUCUGACAGAGAAUAUCUCUACCUUUGUAGAUCAUUUUGUGAAACCCUGGGCGAUCUCUCUCCCCACGUAUACCUGA